AUGGGGGCAGAGAUGGAGGAGAAGGAGAUGGCGUCGAGUGCUUGGGGUCGGGGGUCGUGGUCGUCGCAGGCCACCGACGAUCACAGCAGCAAGCUCGAGCCCGUGGCGGGCCGGAUACCGGCGGGAAAUAAGUUUUACUAUGGCCGCAACUCUGUCUUCCUGCUGCUUAGAGGCUGCAAUCCCUUCUUCUCACUUACCGCUCCCCAAGUCAUCGGUUCCUUUGCAAUUCGGACGCUUGCACCUUCAUCACAGAACGAAACCAGGCGACCCACUUGUCUGUUACACAAGAAACCACCAUCUUUUCUCUCUCAGCCCUCAACCCCCCAUUUCCACUUCUUCCCUCCCCUUCCCUCAUCCGCAUCAGAUUCAGACUUCUCUGAUCCACAGGCUUCGGAGAAUAAGACCAGGACCUCAAGUUUCGAUGUUCUCAAACUCAAGAGAGUGAACGGGUUCUUGGAUGAAGAAGAUUUGCGGAAACUGAGAAUUUUGGAGAACUUCUUGUAUGUUCAAGAAUUAGGUCAUGGGCUUUUGCAGAUUAGGCUCAUGGCUGCGGAGGAGAUAGACAAGACCGUUGAACUGCUCGCGGAUUCGUUCGCUGAAUUGUCGUGGGCACAAUUUACUUAUACUCCAUUGUUGAAGGUGGUGGUGAGGCAACAUGUGAUGGAGAGAAGGGCAGUGAUUCCUCAUGCCGCCACGCUCGUAGGCUUUUAUGGAACAGGGAACGGGGAGAUGGAGCUUGCGGGAACCGUCGAGAUAUCGUUCGAUCGGAGAGGGGCUAACGCUAAUCCCCCCACGCCGACGCCGCCGAGAGGGUCGCCGUAUCUUUGUAAUAUGUCCGUCAGGAAAGAGCUUCGAAGAAGGGGAAUUGGCCGCCAUCUAUUGAAGGCAUCAGAGGAACUUGCACCUCAGUUGGGAGCCAGCGAGAUAUACUUGCAUUGCAGGCUGAUUGAUACUGCGCCUCUUAGCAUGUAUAGCAAGGCUGGUUAUAAUGUUGUCAGAACAGACAGUCUCUUGUCCCUGUUGAGUUUUCAGCGACGCAAACACUUGAUGUAUAAGAGACUGGCUUUGCCUGCAAAGACUCGACAACUUAUAGAUCCACUGUAGACUCAAAUCUCCUCAGUGUAUAUGAAGGUAGUGAACAAAUUACAACACAGCUCAGUGUAACAAAAAAAUUGAGUUUUA